CACUCCGAGCCGCCAUGGCUCCACCCCGUCCCUGGCGCGCUGAGGGCAGCGCCUUCACUCGGUGCCGCCAUGGCUCCACCCCGUCCCUGGCACGCUGAGGGCAGCGCCUUCACUCGGUGCCGCCAUGGCUCCACCCCGUCCCUGGCACGCUGAGGGCAGCGCCUUCACUCCGUGCCGCCAUGGCUCCACCCCGUCCCUGGCACGCUGAGGGCAGCGCCUUCACUCCGAGCCGCCAUGGCUCCACCCCGUCCCUGGCACGCUGGGGGCAGCGGCUUCAGUCGCAGGCUGAGGGCGGCGCGGCCAGCUCGAUGGCCGCCGUGUUCCUGGUUACGCUGUACGAGUAUUCGCCGCUGUUUUACAUCGCCCUGGUGUCCGUCUGCUUCCUCGUCACCAGCGCGCUCGUCCUCGGCUGGUUUGGUUUGGGUGUUCCUGUUAUUCUGAGGAACUCAGAAGAGAGAGAAUCCAGCACAAGGGUAUUGAAAAAGCAGAUGAGACAAGUGAAGAAUCCUUUUGGGUUGGAGAUCUCUAAUCCUGCUGCAGCUUCAGUAACAAGGGGUGUAGUGCUGACACCUGACUGCCUGGAGGACUGUGUCCUUACCUGCUACUGGGGCUGCAACGUCCAGAAGCUCCACGAAGCGCUGCAGAAACACGUCUACUGCUUCAGAAUAAAGACUCCUCAGGCAUUAGAGGAUGCUCUCUACAACGAAUACCUCUACAAACAGCAGUACUUCAUUAAGAAAAAUGACAAGGCAGAGAAAUAUUGUCAGUUACCAGAAGAUGCUCAAGUUGUGGAUUUUGGCCCCGUGCCUAGAGCUCGCUAUCCCUUGGUAGCACUGCUGACGUUAGCAGAUGAAGAAGACAGAGAAAUACAUGAUAUUAUUGCAAUGGUAGCUGUAAUUCACGUUCCUGAUGAAAGCUACAGACUUUCCUGCCGAAUUUUGUAUCAGUAUCUCCUCCUGGCUCAAGGUCAAUACCAUGACCUGAAGCAACUCUUCAUGUCUGCAAACAGUCCUGCACUCUCCCCCAGUGAUACCUUCCCUGGUGAGAGCAGCACUGACAGAGGGCUGGCUGGAGGUGAACCAGAAUUGCAGGAAGAAAACAGCAAAGACUGUGUGGUGUGCCAGAAUGGCCCCGUGAACUGGGUCCUCCUGCCCUGCAGACACACGUGCCUGUGUGAUGGCUGCAUCAGGUAUUUCCAGCAGUGCCCCAUGUGCAGGCAGUUCGUGCAGGAGUCUUUUCCACUUUGCAGCAAAAAGGAGCAAGAUGAGGAUGAAUCGACCCGUGUCUUGCAAGAUGUUCUUCCUGGAAGAGUUUUUUAACGGGAGUUAAAAAUAAAAGACCUGGGUUAUGUGCACUAAGAUUAAAUGUGGAAGCCAGACUAUUUAUGGGAGGAUAUGUAGCGUUAACUUGUAGGAUUUUGCAAUUUUUUUGUUGGGUAAUUUUCAGCUUCCUUAUUUUUCCUCGCUCCAUAUGCUCACAGGAGUGCUGCUUAUCCGUGCAAUGUGGACAGGAGAAGUGCGUAGGAUAGCUCUGAAGGAUGUGAUUUUAUUUAUAACCGCUUCCUAGAUUUUCUUGGAGCACUGUUGGAGCUAUUUUGACUACUAAAUUUAGGCUGUCUACUAAAAAAAGAAUAAAACUUGCAAUGCAGUUGCCCAAGGCUCAUUCUAUAUUUAUUGUGUUUAAAAUACUAGAGCCGUAUAUCAUUUUAACUCGGUAUAAUUUAGGAACUUAGCACUUUACAGAAUGUACCAUAUGAAGGAAAGUAAAUAUUCUUCAAUGUUAA